CGGAGAAUGACCAAAGCGAGUCAUGUAUUUCCUAGUGCCAGAGCGAACGCGGCAGUGCGCUGAAACGGUGUCCAACCGCCCUCUCUCCCACUACAGGCUGUGAGUUAGAGAAACACACGGAGGCUGAACAACUGCAUUAAACAAGAAAAAGAGUUGGACUGGGUCAAAACCAAAAAAAAAGUUUCACAAACUUUCGGGAAAAAAAAAGCAGCUUUUGAGAGAGAGGAGAAAAAAAAAUUAUGGAGAAGAUGGUAAAAAGAAAAACAAUUUAAUAUUUGAAGGAAACGUGGACAGUACCUUUGCUGGAAUUUCGCCCACCUCUCUGGCUUCAUUCAGAUUUGAUGCAUUUUGCAGUCAGUGGGUUGAGUUGGAAAGGUGUGCUGCGUUCGCCACUCUCACCAUGGUCUGGUCAGGUAGGGGCCGUAACUUGCUCGCCGUGUUGCUGCUGUUGUUGAGCUUGUGUUGGGACGCCGCGUCGAACCAGCUGCGCCAACUGUUUGAGGUGGAGGAAGAGCGGCCGCCCGGCACGGUGGUAGGUACCAUUCUCACCAAGCCCGAGUUCACUUACCGAUUCAGCGAGCGGCACGCCUUGUUCGCCAUCAACGCCAGCACAGGUGUCAUCUCCACCACCUCGGUGAUCGACCGCGAGUCACUGCCGGCGGACGUGAUCAACAUUGUGGUGUUGUCCAGCCAGCCCACCUACCCCACCGAGGUGCGCAUCUUGGUGCGGGACAUUAACGACAACACGCCGGUCUUCCCCGAGCCUUCCAUCGUGGUGACCUUCCGAGAGGACGCGAGCGGCGGCCGCCAGGUCAUCCUCGACACGGCGACCGACGCGGAUACCGGCUCCAACGGGGUGGACCACCGCUCCUACCGGAUCGUUCGGGGCAACGAGGAAGGAAAGUUCCGCCUGGACAUCACCGUCAACCCGAGCGGGGAAGGCGCCUUCCUGCACCUGGUGUCCACCGGCGCCCUGGACCGGGAGACGGCGCCUUUCUACCAGCUGCUGGUCGAGGUGGAAGACCGGGGGCUCCCCAAGAGAUUCGGUUACCUGCAGGUCAAUGUCACGGUGCAGGACACGAAUGACAACCCGCCCAGCUUCUCACAAUCUCACUACCGGGCCAGUGUCUACGAGGACGUGGCCGUGGGCUCCAGUGUCCUGCAAGUGUCGGCCAGCGACGUGGACGAGGGUCUCAACGGGGACGUGAUGUACUCGCUGGACGAGGGCAGCCCGUUCCAGAUCGAGCCCCACACCGGCGUGCUCACCGUACGGGAGAGCCUGGACUACGAGAGCAAGAAGCGGUACUCGCUGGUGAUCCGAGCGCGGGACGGCGGGAGCCCUCCCCUGAGCGGCCGAGCCGAAGCCACGGUCCAGCUGCUGGAUGUGAACGACAACGAGCCGGUGGUGAAGUUCCGCUACAUGCCGGCCAGCUCCAAGUUCGCGGCGGUGGACGAGAACGCGCCGGUCGGCACCGUGGUGGCGCUGCUGACGGUCAGCGAUGCCGACUCGUCUGCAAACGGCAACAUCUCGGUGUCCAUCCUGGGCGGGAACGAGCAGCGGCACUUCGCGGUGCAGCGUUCCCCAGUACCGGGGCUCAGCCUCAUCAAGGUGGCGAGCUCCCUGGACCGGGAGCGUAUCCCCUCCUACAAUCUGAGCGUCUCGGUAUCCGACCACGGAGUGCCGCUCGCCCGCAGCUCGCUGGCCAGCUUGCUCAUCUUCGUCAACGACAUCAACGACCACGCCCCGGUCUUCGAGCACUCCUUGUACCGGGUGGAGGUCGCCGAGGACGUGCCGGUGGGCAGCUACAUCGGAGGCAUCUCGGCCACCGACGGCGACUCGGGACUCAACGCCCGGCUCCGUUACUCGCUGGUGUCCGGUAACCGGUUGGGCUGGUUCCACUUGAGUGAGGACAGCGGGCUGGUGACCAGCGCUGCCCGGUUGGACCGGGAGACCACCUCCCAGCUCACCCUCAACAUCAGCGCCCAGGACCAGGGCAUCCAACCCCGAACUUCGUACACCACCCUCAGCAUCACCAUCCGCGAUGUUAACGACCAGGCACCCGCCUUCCCCCGCCGCUCCUACCGGUACUCGGUCCCCGAGAACUCUCCCCCCGGUACCGAGCUGGCCAUCUUCACCGCCCUGGACAAAGACCUGGGAGCCAACGGUACGGUCCGCUUCCUCCUGGACCCCGACAGCCCGGCCCGUUACCGUGACCUCUUCCGACUGGACCCAGUGUCCGGCCGCCUCACCAGUGUCACCGAGCUGGACCGGGAGGAACACGCCGAGUACAACCUGUCGGUGCAGGCCCGGGAUAAAGGUAACCCCCCGCUCUCCUCGGCGGUCCAGGUGACCGUCACCCUUCAGGAUGUCAAUGACAACAAAUCUUUUGUUGCUGGUUCUUGA